AUCCGCCGGCGCUUCCGUCCCGCUCCGCUGCGCUGCCUUGCCCCGGCCCGGCCCGGUCCCUGCGGCUGCCCUCCGCUCCCCGCGUCAAUGCGCUGCCGCCGCCCCGCGGCCUGCCCCGGCCAUGGACACCAGCGACCUGUUCACCAGCUGCAAGAAGGGGGACGUGAGCCGCGUCCGAUACCUUCUUGAACAGCGAGAUGUGGAAAUUAAUGUCCGUGAUAAGUGGGACAGCACACCUCUGUAUUAUGCUUGCCUCUGUGGACAUGAGGAGCUUGUACGCUAUCUUCUAGCCAAUGGAGCCAAGUGUGAGGCAAACACUUUUGAUGGGGAACGUUGCUUGUAUGGAGCUCUGAGUGAUGCCAUCCGACGGCUGCUGAAGGAGUACAAGCAAAUCACAGCCAAGUGCAUGAAGAGAGAUUACUACGAUGUCUUCCUCCAGCGAUUGCUGGAACAGGGAUACCAAAGUGACAUUGUUUUCAUCGUUCAUGGCAAAUCCUUCUGUGCCCACCGCUGCAUUCUCAGCGCUCGCAGCGCCUACUUUGCAGAAAUGUUUGAGACCAAAUGGAAGGGGAAGAACAUGAUAGUGUUGAAGCAUCCAUUGAUUAAUCCAGCAGCCUUUGGUGCUCUUCUGCAGUAUCUCUACACAGGUCGUCUUGAUAUCGACGUGGAAUAUGUAAGUGAUUGCAAGAGGUUGGCUAAGCAGUGUCGGAUGCAGGACCUCAUAGAUGAUUUGGAGACCAAAUGUAAAAAAGUCUAUGAAUUUGUCUCUUCCAAGCCAGGGACCUGUGUGAAAGUGCUGACGAUUGAGCCCACAGGUAACUGCCAGCUGCAGGAAGACCUGGCCCUUCUAGCAGACUGCGCCCUGCCAGCCAGACUGCGGGUUGGUUUUGGGGAGCUGCCGUUUGACAGCACCGACAACUUCAACAGUUGUCCCGAUGUGUGUUUCCGGGUGGCAGAUGACAACUUUUUGUGCCAUAAGGCAUUUUUCUGUGGUCGCAGUGAUUAUUUCAAAGCUCUUUUAGAAGACCAUUUCAGUGAGAGUGAGGAGCUGCAGACGCAGCCCAGCAUCCCUGUGGUGACUCUGCACAACAUCUCAGAAGACAUAUUCAUCCGGGUCCUCUACUACAUCUACAGUGAUGAUACAGAGUUGUCCCCAGAGAACGCCUACGACGUGCUGUGUGUGGCAGACAUGUACCUGCUGCCUGGGCUCAAGCGCCUCUGUGGCAGAGCCUUGGCUCAGAUCCUCGAUGAAGACAACAUUGUCAGCAUCUGGAGGAUUGCAAAGCUGUUCCAGCUGACCAGGCUGGAAGACCAGUGCACAGAGUACAUGGCAAAGAUCAUCGAGAAGCUGGUGGAGUUGGAGGAGUUUGUGGCGGCUGUGAAGGAGAACGCAGAGGCUGUGGAGGAACGGCAGGAGACUGACUCCAUUCCUCUGGUCGAUGACAUCCGCUUCCACAUCACCAGCAACGUGCAGACUUACAGUGCCAUUGAGGAUGCCAACCAGAAACUUGAAGCUCUGGAAAACCUCCUGGCCAGUAUAGGGCUUGAGUGCUGAUGUGUGCAAAGCCUGCCUGUCGGAUGCAGCCUGCAUGGCCCCCGCUGGGUUGGCUCAGAGUGCAAGAACAUCUGAGUCUCUGAAUCUCUCUCUUCCCAUUUUUUGUUCUCUUUCCCAUCCACUUUCAGGCAUAGUUUCUUUUUAAUUUAUUCAUGUCUUGACAUUUGCAUGUCUGGUUUGUGUUUGGUUUUAUUUUGGUUUUUGUUCCUCCUUUCAGAAGUAGCUCCCAAAGCUCAGCCCAGAGCAGUAGCUGCUUCUUUGUCCAAUACAAUGUGGACAGGAGGCUGCAGACUGUUGAGAGUGGUAAGGGAGCUGUUCUGGGUGGCUUGCUACUGCCUGCUGGGAGGACCCAUCCUGUUCUGAUGCCCAACACCACACUUCUGAAGCUGGUUCAUGCCAGGAUAUUUGUUGAGUUUCCACCAGCAGAGGAAGAAAACUGGAUUAACUUUACAAAUACUAGAAGGGAUGUGUCCUUUCUUUCACUGUCAGCAUUGUAAGACUGGCAAAGGUGAGCAGUGCUUCCCUAACUGGGACACAGGAAUACUUGGCUACGUGGAAGGCACUGUCUUCACCUGCUGUUCUAGUUCUUAGAUGAAAAAAAAACCAAAGUGAUUUCCAGGUCUUCCCUAGCUUUUCAUUGCUUUGAAGUGCUCAGAAUUUAAAAGCUUUGCUUUUUGCACAAAUGUCUUUGGGAAUAGAGACCAGAGUCCUGUUCUUAGAAAGCAUUAGCUUCCAAUGCAUAAAAAAAUAGGAGAGCAGCCCUUUUCUUCUUAACAGGGGAAGGAAACACCUUCUUGGAAACACCCACUUAUCCCUUUCUCUUUGUCCAUUGUGGUGGAGCAAAACUGGCUUGCUGAUGGGUCAGGGAAAAGUAGUCAGUGGAAAUCUUGUUUUAAAAGGGGAAGGGGGCUUUUGGGUCUCUCACAGGGAAGCUAUUACACUUGUCGACCUUCUGGCUUUGCUCAGCCUUGAGCCUCGUAGUUUUCAUUGUUCUCCAGGAAAUUCUGUGUUUGUACUAAUGAAUGUUUUUGAGUCUGUUCUGCAGUAGGUUGCGUUAUCUCGUGUUGUCUCUCUAGGCUCCUAAUGAGGGUAAUGAUGUUCUUUUCUCUGUGGCACUAAUCAGCAGAUACCCUGCAGAAGGCUGUCCCUGCCAAACAGGCUGCCCUCAGAGCUGCUCAGCUCCAGAACAGCAUGUUGUGGGAGCCUGGGGGCUCCAGGGCACAGGCCAGGCAUACUCUGCUGUGCUAUCAGUUGGGAAGGAGGAGAAACAUUAUGUGAAGUGUACCGAGAAUCUUGCCCAGGCAGUGAGCUGCCAUUACUAAGGCACUUUGUGAGGCAAAAGCUGGAAAUAACUCAUGGCAGGUGUGCUUUUAUUGUUGGAGGUGGGAAUGGGGCAACAGCUGCAAGGUGUUUUCUGUAAUGGUGGUGAAAGGGAGAGAAAAGGUUUUGCAGAUGCAGUGUUUGGCAGGAACUUGCUUCAGGUGUGGUUGUACUGGGAGGAUGGGUUUCUUUGCUGAUCUCACCGGGUGAGAGAGUGGUGCUCCCACACCAUAUAAGUACAGCCUUGCUGCUCCUGCUCAGAGCAUCUGCCCAUGUCUGGCACAUCUUGAAGCUCUUUAGAGGUAUGUGGGCAGGCUUUGGGUACCACUUGGACUGGGCAGGCUUGGUUUGGUUGCAGUGAGGAGAGGGCACUGGGAUUUGGCAGCUCAAGAGAAACUGAACUUUGGCAAGUCACGUGUCGGGAUUGAGUUGCACUUAGCAGAAGAUGGGGGCCAGGAAUGAGGUGUAUUGACUUACCUGAACCCCAGCUGCCUGUGCACUUUGUCAUCUGUGUUUAACUGUUGUCUCUUGCAGAGCAAGUCUCUGUGUCAGGGGAUGGUGGCAGCAGGGCUGUUAAGGCCUGCUUCAAUUCUUCCAUUUCAAAAUGCUUGUGAGGGAGCACAAGGAGUUCUUGUGGUUGGUUUUCUGCAGCCAUAUUAGGAGGACGUGUCCCUGCCAGGAUGUGUUGCUGUACAGAAGCAGGGAGCAGUGGGAGUGUGCUUGUGUUUGGGGAAGAGCUGUGCAUUUGUUGUGUGACUUGCAGAAUGCACCUCCAUGUGCAUCUCAUAGCUCAGUGUGGCUUUGGCAGGACCACCAAGAACAACUUGAACUGGUAAAGGGAUCUCAGUACACAUGAGAAGGGGAAGGGCUAUUGAGAAAGUUUCAUUAUGAGGUCCCAUCUACUUUGGAGAAAGAAGGAUGAAAGCAGAACUGCCUGUUUUCUUGCUUGGUGUCCAGACUCCUGAAAGCCUGCUACAGAAACCAACAGCUUAACCCAGCUGGCUCAGUUCCCCUGCGUUUCUCUUCCCUAUGUUCCUGAAGACGACACUGAGCAUAAGCAGAAUGUUUAGUUUAUCACAUCCUCUCUGCUUCUCCUGCAAAAACUCCACAUCUAACACCUUAGUAGUCGUCUCUCAGCAGCAGUGGCUGUGACAGCCCUGCAUGGGGUUUACACCAUGAACCAGAGAACAGAAUGUGGUCUUUGCCUUCUGCUUGUACUGAGCGAGGUGCAGAAACAGCAUUACUAAGGAAUGUGCUAAUGCUUUUGUCUACAGAUGCCUCAGCUGCUAAAGCAAAUGGACACUGGUAGUGGGCUAAGCAGGAGGAAGGCAGGGGAGGGGCAGCAGCGCUGAGAUGUGUUUUCCAUAUGGCUGCUCUUAAAUAAUUCCAUUCUUGCAUCCUUAAACGUGGAGCAAGUGAGGCUGCAGUUGUACACGUGCGAGGAAGGGGCGGUGUGGCCUUUUGAUCUGCCUGCCCAGCACUGCAGUUCCACGUGGACAGAUGCCUCAUCUGUCUGUGUGCACUUAGUGGUCACAUUUGUGAGGCCCAUCAGAUUGUCCAAUUACUCCUGGUCCUUUAACCAACCCCCCCCAUCCCUUCUGGCAAAAUAGAGCUAUCAGAAAGCAUGCAUAAGCAGAUGGUCAGCAUGCAGGCAAGCUCUCUAAUUAAGAUGAGCCAAGUCAAAACUUGGAUUUGAAUUUACUUAAUUCCUGCUGAAAAUGAUUUCAUCACAUAAUAAAAACCUUUUGAUUUUUUCUCCUGUUGCCAGUGUCCUUUUUGUGUUCUGUUGCCUCUGUCCUUUUUACUACUAGCCACUUGUUGAAUGAAGAAGAUUGUAAAAUUUAUCAGAGCAACAAUAUAUUUAAGAACUGUCUAAGCAUGUGUGCAGCAAUAAAAUAGUAUAUUUCAGUA